GCAGCCACGUACGGUACCUGAAAUCCUCGAGCGGCAAAGAAUCUUGAGAAAUCUACUCUAGGAUAGUAUGAUGAUGGACCACAUUUUUCUUUAGCCUCGCUGUGUCGGGCUUGGUGGGGGUUUCCAACGGGACGCGAAAUGCCCCCUCGAGCAAGAAGAUCAACAGGCGCAUUGAGCCGGCGCGAAUAUGGGUUCAUGUCGAGGGGGGCUUAUGAGUUCGAUAGAAGGAUUCCCAGUCCGGGCGCCGUUGUCAGCGACUCCGAUGGAGAAGGUCGCGGGCGCGUGAAAUCGUCAAUCUCCCAAAUCUGGUCCCAGCUCAAAGUCCAACAAAAGAAUCCUCCCGGCUCUUAUUCUCAACAAAGUUGCAGUAAUUGA